AUGAAAAAAUUAAAAGUACUAUUCAUGCCGAUUGACGGUACGGGUCAUGUAAAUGCUUCUAUAGCUUUGGCACAGGUAUUGAUCAAAGCUGGACACGAGUGUACGUUUGGCAUAUGUGACCAAUGGAGGGGUAAACUGGAGCCGUACCGUAUCCGAGAGAUAUUGUGGUCAAUGAAUGAUCGACAAAAUGCUGACGAAUCGGCCGCCAAAUACUGGGGACUAUAUCUCAAAGAGAAAGGUAUUUUAGGUCCGGUUAGUCCACUGGAAAAAGCAGUUAUUAUAUUAAAAGAGCAAAAAAGUGUAAACAAAACGCAACAAGAAAUUGAUGACAAAGUUGAACAAACCAUAAGUCAAGUCCGACCCGAUAUCAUAAUAUUAGAUCAAAUGUCAUCAUUAAUUGUUAAGAAAUCGGGAAUCCCGUGGGUAUUGGUAUGCAGUUGUAAUCCAUUAACAUCUAUACGGGACGACAGAACACCGCCGGCUUUUUCCGGUUUACCGACAACCGGUCCCAUCAGUGAAUGGCAAACAUUUAAUAGAGUCUAUAAUGAGAACAUUCAGGAGACGUGGCAAGUGUUUAAUGACAUAGAAGUGGCCAAUGGUUUCCCGAAAUUAAAAGAAAAUUCAUUAAUUAGUGAAUCAAAAUAUCUGAAUAUAUACGGCUAUCCAUUGGAAUUGGAUUAUCUGGACAUAAGACCACUGCCCGACAAUUGGUAUCGUUUUGAUAACUUUAUGAGAAGUGAACAACAUUUGCCAUUUGAAAUACCUGAACAAUUACUGGACAAACCGGGAAAACUGAUAUAUUUUUCAUUGGGCUCUAUGGGCGGUACUGAUGUCGAUAACAUGAAACGCUUAGUCGGUAUACUUGCAAAAUCUAAGCACAGAUUUAUUGUAUCAAAAGGACCGUUAGAUGAUGAGUAUGAUUUACCAGACAAUAUGUGGGGUGAGAUUAGUGUACCACAAAUCAAUGUCUUGCCAUUAGUUGAUUUGGUUAUAACUCACGGCGGAAACAAUACUAUUACUGAAACAUUUUCAUGUGGAAAGCCUAUGAUAGUUAUGCCACUGUUUGGCGAUCAGUACGAUAAUGCACAGAGAGUUCAUGAAAAAGGGUUUGGUAUACGACUCGAUGCCUACAAGUGCUCUGAAGAGGAACUAUUGACAACUAUUGAAAGUCUAGUUAAUGACAAUAUAUUAUCUGAAAAAUUGAAAAAAAUAUCACAAAGAAUUCGUACGGAAAAUAGUUUAACAAAAUUACCUGAAAUUUUCGAAAAUUUAGUCCAAACAUAUGCCAUAGCACAGGUGUUGAUCAAAGCGGGACACGAGUGUACGUUUGGCAUAUGUGACCAAUGGAGAGGUAAACUGGAGCCGUACGGUAUCCGAGAGAUAUUGUGGUCAAUGAAUGAUCGUGAAAAUGCUGACCAAUCGACCGCCAAAUACUGGGGACUGUAUCUGAAAGAAAAAGGUAUACUCGGACCGGAAGGUCCACUGGAAAAGGCAGUGAUUAUGUUAAAAGAUCAGAAAAAUAUUGUCGAAAUGCAUCGCAAAAUCAAUCAAAAAGUUGAACAAACUAUAUGUCAACUGAAACCCGAUAUCAUAUUAGUCGAUCAAAUGGCUUCGUUAGUAUCGGUUAUGAAAUCGGGAGUAGUUGGUACCUAA